AUGAGAAGUCGAGCUCCUCUUGCUGUGCCUUCCGGUUCCGGGGCACAGUCUGUCCAGCAAAACGGCCAUUCCCGCAACAUCCCCGGCUUCGAAAUGGCUGCACGCAGCCCUCCUAAUCACAGCAGUAAGACCGUUACUUGGUUUCUUUUAAAUCGAUUUGUCAAGACUAACAAGUCGGUUCUUUUAUCGCCUUACUUUCUCCGGCGGGAUACAGAUACCAAACACGUUCCUUGCAAAUUCUUCCGCCAGGGAGCUUGUCAGGCCGGGCCUGCUUGUCCCUUCCUACACUCUACCGAUGCUGCUGUUGAUUUUGCACCCUGCAAGUAUUUUACCAAGGGUAAUUGCAAAUUCGGUGCCAAAUGUGCACUUGCACAUAUCCUACCAGACGGGCGGCGAGUGAACCGGCCGACCGUUGGCCUAGGAAUGGGCGGAAGCCACCUAAACUUGGGCGGCCGUGUCAAUCCACAAGCCUAUCUGAACCAGGAUUCCGCUUUGACAAACUCAGUGCUUUCACAACAACGGAUGAAUGGUCAAGACCCCCGGUAUAUGCAUCAACUCCCUCAGGAUGAACUCGCAGCCCUGCAUGCGCAACAACCGCUUCCUUACGAUACGAUUCCCACGAUCGACGCCGGUCUUGUCUCCGACACGGGGUCCAAAUAUGGGUCUCCUGGGGAUGAUAUUCGAUUUCCCAUGUCCCCAAAGCAUCUAACAGCCCUAGAUGCUCCUCUUCCUUCCUCCUUUGACAGUGAAGGAAUAUCGCAUGCUGCUCGUUAUGGCCCUGUUGCAGCCUCCAUGCCUUCGAAGUUCGGUUUAGAACUGUCUCCGCCGGCACAAAGACUCGGAGCGCCUUCGGACUCACUUAAUCAUCUGCGAGACAGUGUGUACAGCUCUGAUUUGCGGAAGCACGCGUCCGCUAUAGGAUCAUCUCCUCCUGGAAUACCGGAAGACUCUCUGGGUCCACGAUUCUUACACUCCCAACGAGCUGCUAAGCCGCGAGUGUUCUCGGCUAGUGUCCCUCGACUUGCGGCAUUGGAUGAUUGGGACGAAAGCAACUUUCCCAUGGAGGAGGACUACCUACCGGUCAAUUUACAUGACGAUGUUCUUACACCACAGGAAAGAUUGCGGAGACUUUCGCGAACAGACCAUGAUUUCAGUUCUAGUCACCGCGACCUCAGCGGACUUGGCAUGACUAGUACUAGCCUUUCGAAAGUCGGCUCGCCUCUGGCUUCCAGUCCUUCUCGAUUCGGUGCCUUGUUCGCCAAACAAAGGCAGAAGAAGGAAGAAGAUGCACACGGUUCCUCGUUCAUGCAUGUCGGGUCUCCUCUUCGCGAAUCCUCCUUGAGCUUGGGCACUAGUCCGAGCCUUGCACCAAUCGGCAGCCGGCAGGUUACUGGUGAUAUCUCGCCAUUCGUCUCUAGUCCCGCUCGGCAACCAUCCAUGUCAGGGAUCUCGCAGCAGCUUAACAGCCUGUCCCUUCAUCCGGGAUUUACACGCCACUCUUCCUCCACUGGUCCUGUUGGUCCUGGAAGCCGUUUGGACCGCACACUUUCUUCUCCUGUGAGCACGAGUAGGAUUGAUGAAGAGCAAGGUGACUUGGUCUUCUCCAUGGAAGAAGAAGAGAACAACAAACGGAAUAGCGCCUCCUGGAGUGCCAGUAAGGCCAGUUCAAAUGAAGAGCAAACCUCCUCUGCAAGCAGUCUGGCUUUUCAACCUUAG